AUGAACUCGCCCUCCUCUGUCCUCCUCCGACUCUUGCUCGCCACUUCUUUGCUUUGUAUCGGUAAGUGAAAGUGGUGCUGGUUGCCCAGGUGUCCCAGCUGCACCGCACGUGUUCUUCGCAACGAAACACGAAAUUCGAACUUUGUUUCACGACGAGAUUCCCAUUCUUUUACGACCUUCUCUUCCUUUCUUCAGCAGUCUCCGCUCUCGAGUGUAUCCAAUGCGCGCCCAAAGACAUUUGGUACUUGGAACAGGAGCAUGAAAGGUAUUUGCGGAGGGGUCUCCCGCACAUUCCCCCAGUUUUCAGAAGGAUCGAAGCGUGCCGUCAGGGUCUGAUUGCUCCGUCGCCGUGCGGUAACCUCUCGCACACGCACUGCAUUGUCAACUGGUAUCGCACCGGCGGAAGUUCCGGUAAUUGUGUUUUCCUUUUCGUCUUCUCCCCUUUCACAUCUAAUUAUAAUUAUGCCGCCUGUGCUAAUUGGUGACCCUCUCUCUCGAAAGAGAGAAAAAGAGAGAGACAAUACGGUUCCGCGCUCUCACAACUUUCCAUUGUUUUUGCAGACAAGAUAGUGACCCAACGGCACUGCGGGACCGAAUCGGACAUCACCGGCUGCACCCUCUACAACUCGAAACUCAGUCGGAAAGUGAGAAAUGGCGACGGAAAAAGGCUCUUUGGAACACAACGGUUUCAGGUUCGACGACAUCUUCUCGGCAGGGACGAUUCUGCGGCGCCGCUCCGCAAAGAGACUGUCACUUCGUUCGUUGAGGUGCGCCCCGUCCGUUCAGUCCCUCUUCCAUUCCUUCUUUCAUUUUCAGGUGUGCUCGACUGCGUGUCCCUCCGGAGAAUGCGUCAACUCGUCGAUGCUCCAUGAUUCCGUCUUCCUCCCGGUUCUUCUCCUUCUCCGUCUCUUUUUCUGA